AUGGGCGGUGGCCUCGCUCUCCUCUUCGCCGAGCAAGGCCUCGCCGUUGGUCUCCGUGACCCGCUCGAGUCCCAGAUGGACAAGGUCAUCGAGCAGGGUAAGAAGGACAACGUCAAGGGUAAAAUCACCAAGUACUCCGACGACAAGGCCCUCUGCGCCGGCCUCACAUCCCCCAAGACCUUCGUCUGGUCAUUGCCUCACGGCGAUGUCGGCGACCACGUCUUGGCCAACCUCCUGCCUUACCUCGAGAAGGGCGACAUCAUCAUCGACUGCGCCAACGAGCACUACACCAACACUGAGCGGAGACAAGGCAAGUGCGGACCCAAGGGCAUCCGUUACGUCGGUUGCGGUGUUUCCGGUGGUUACCAGGCAGCCCGCCGAGGUCCUUCAAUGUGCCCCGGCUCCGACGACGAGACCAUGUCCAUCGUCCUGCCCAUCCUCUCGAAGAUUGCCGCCAAGGCUCCCGAUGGAUCCCCUUGCGUCGCUCACAUCGGUACCGGUGGUGGCGGUCACUACUGUAAGAUGAUUCACAACGGUAUCGAGCACGGUAUGAUGUCCGCCAUCGCCGAGGCCUGGGCCGUCAUGUACAAGGGUCUUGGGAUGGACCUCGACCAGGUCGGUGACGAGCUCCACAAGUGGAACAAGUCUGGUGAGCUCGAGGGCACUUUCCUCGUCCGCAUCGGCGCCGAGAUCUGCCAGACCAAGGCUCCUGAUGGAACCCGCGUUCUCGAGACCGUCGAGGACAAGGUCGUCCAGGACUACUGCGGUGAGGAGGGCACCGGUAUCUGGUCCAACACCGAGGCCGUCGACCACCACGUCCCCGCACCCACUUUGACCGCCUCCCACUACAUGCGUGUCGCCUCCGCCGACCUCGCCCAGCGCCGCAUCAUCGAGAAGACCUUCGAGAACAAGACCUACCCUCCCCAGCCCAUCGAGACCAAGGACAAGGCCGCCUUCCUCGAGGACCUCCGCCUCGCCACCUACAUCGCCUGUCUGGCCUCGUUCGUCCAGGGCCUCAACGUCAUCGACAAGGCCGACAAGGCCAACCACUACAACGUCGACUACGCCGCGCUCCUCCAGAUCUGGCGCGCCGGCUGCAUCAUCCAGGCGGACUUCAUCAGCGAGAAGCUGCUGCAGCCCAUCUACAAGGGCUACGCGACCAAGAAGGAGAAGAACCCCCUGUACGAGCCCGUCAUCGCCAAGGAGUUCUCCCGCUCCUACGACGCCCUCAAGCGCGUCGUCCUCGCCGCCACCGUCGCCGACCACCCCAUCCCCGCCCUCGCCGCCACCCUCGACUACAUCAAGUACCAGACCAGCACCGACCUGCCCACCGCCUUCUCCGAGGCCCAGCUCGACUACUUCGGCCGCCACAUGUACGACAUCAAGGGCCAGGACCCGGAGGGUCUGCCGGAGUUGGGCAAGCACCACUACGAGUGGAAGCCCGCGUAG